CUUCUUGUUACUGUGAUCUUAUUUUAUUGUAUGCGAAAUGCUGCCGCAGCCACAUUCAAUGUGCUCAACUUUGGAGCCAAGGCGGACGGCCGCACGGACUCUGCCAAGGCUUUUACCGGUGCUUGGGUUCAGGCAUGCGCCUCGGCCCAGCCUGCUUCCAUAAUGGUGCCGCCAGGCAGAUUCUUGGUUGGCAGCAUCACCUUCAGCGGCCAAUGUGCCAACAAGGCAAUCUCAUUUGAGAUCCAGGGCACCUUGGUAGCUCCCUCUGAUUACAAUAUUUUAGGAAAAAAGGGCAACUGGAUAGUGUUCGAGCACGUUGACGGCGUCUCCAUUCGCGGUGGCUUGCUUGAUGGCCAAGGCACUGCCCUCUGGAAUUGCAAGAACUCCGGCAAGGGUAGCUGCCCAUCCGGAGCCACGACACUGCUGUUCAGCAACUCCAACAACAUUUUCAUUAGUGGAUUGAGCUCAUUGAACAGCCAAUUGUUCAACAUAGUCAUCAAUGAAUGCCAGAACGUUAUGGUACAAGGCGUCUCUGUCACCGCCGCAGGAAACAGCCCUAACACCGACGGCAUCCACGUCCAAGGCUCCUCCCACGUCACUAUCCUCAGCUCCAAGAUCCGCACCGGCGACGACUGCAUCUCCAUCGGCCCUGGCACCACAAACUUGUGGAUUGAAAACAUAGCAUGUGGUCCUGGCCAUGGAAUUAGCAUUGGGAGCUUGGGAAAGGAACUGAAGGAGGCUGGUGUACAAAAUGUGACGGUUAAAACGGUUACAUUCACCGGGACUCAAAACGGAGUACGAAUAAAGAGUUGGGGUAGACCCAGCACAGGAUUUGUGAGAGACGUCAUUUUCCAAGACGCAAUCAUGGUCAACGCUCAAAAUCCCAUUCUCAUUGACCAGAAUUACUGCCCGGACAACGAGGGCUGCCCCGGUCAGGCCUCUGGAGUGAAGAUCAGUGAUGUCACAUACAAAAAUAUUCAUGGAACAUCAGCGACAGAGGUAGCUGUGAAUUUUGAUUGUAGUCCAAAGAACCCAUGCAGUGGCAUAAAGUUGGAAGAUGUGAAGCUCACCUACAAGAACCAAGUUGCUCAAGCUUCUUGCGUCCAUGCCGCUGGAACCACGUUGGGUUCAGUUCAACCAGAGAAUUGUUUAUAAAUUAAAGUAAAAUGUGCCAGAGAAGAAUGCACUAAGAACUUUACGGAGGAAAACAGAAAAUUCUUAUUAAGAUUCUUAUUAUUAUCGAUUUAAUUGUCCUCAUAGUCAUAAACUCAAAGGAUUAGAGUGGCAUAUAAUUAAGUUUAAAGUUUAUCACUAUUCACUAUAAUAUAUUUUU